AUGACCUGCUCCUUCCGACACCACAGCUCGCCACAGUACCAUGACAAGGUAGAAGCAGCUCCGGGCGCAGGCGAAGGGCUGCUCUGGGCCUGGGUGGGGCCGGGCGGGGGCCGCAGGCGCCGGGUGGCUGUGCCAAGCCCUGCCGGAGAGAAGCUAGGAGGCUGCGAUACUGCUGCAUUGUGCUGCAUCACGGCCGGAUGGCAGGAGGCGAGGGCGGGCGCGGCGCCCCAGGGCGGCUCCCCCAGCCCUGCGCGGGCGCGGGACUGGGCGAGGCGGGGGCGGCGGGGCGCGCUGGGCUGCAGCAGCGCAGCCCGGACCACGCCGGCCGCAGCCCCGCACCGUUACGCACGGAGAUUAGAAGAGCCCCUGGGAGACCCCACACUCGGCACCCACCCCGUGACAGGGCCCACGACGGUCAGUGGCAGGCGUCCUCACUGCGGAGCCCGCCGCGCCCCGAGGGCCCGCUCCCCGCCCCCACGGCCUCCGGGGCGCAGGGCAGCAGCCGCGUCACGCGCCCCGGCCCGCGCCCCUUCUCCGCCCGCCCGCCCGCACACAACCUCGGGUGAGUUGGCAUCCUCCCGCCUCGGACCCCGACCUACCUCCUGGGGUGGGGUGGGGGCGCCGGGGUCCCGUCCUCCUCCCGCUCCUCGGCGGCCGGGCGGGUGGGCCGGGGAGGCGACUCCGCGGGGCUGGCGGCGGCUGGGGCCGGGGCUCACAGGACGGGACCAGUGGGCGCUGCUGCGCGGGGCUGCGCGCUCGCUCCGGGAGGAGAGGCGGCCGGGGGAGGGACUGGAGGAAUCCGCAGCCCGAACGGCGACAGCUGCACUGAUUCCGGGGGCUGGGCGGGCGCGGGGCGGGGAGGAGGGAGGAGAGAGCGCGCGGGGCGGGGAGAGGGGCGCGGGCGCGGCUAGGCUCGGCGUCGGGAGCGCGCGCACGCCUCCCGCACCUCCCGAGCUUCAGCUGCUCCUCCCUGUCGCGCGCCCUCCGCCCUGCGCGCAGCCCUGCAGCCAGGCAGCCGCCCACCCAGCGCGGGCUCGGAGGCAGCGGGGAACGGCGUGUGCGUGCACGCUCUCCCGAGCUCCAGUGCUUUCCCGGCCCUGGGCCGCGCUCCCUGCGACGGGGUCUGGCCUGGGCGGGGUAGGGACACCAGACAUUCCCAUGCCACAGACAUCGGUUCAGAAGCAAAGAGACCAGCUAUGCCAGGAUGUUCCCAGCCUUCUUCAGGUCCGCCCCCCCCCCACGACGCCCACAAAUCAGCAGGAAGCAGUUUUGAGAAUUCACCGCCCAAAUUCCUUCAAACUGUGGUGUCUAAUCUGCUUUUUAUUAUAAGGAAGACCUGGGAAUGUUAUGGUUUUGGUCCCUUUAAGAGACAAGCCACGCCCACUCCCUCCCCCAUCCGCUGAGGCAGGCUGAUCUCCAGCUUCCGGCCUGAGCUCGCUCUCUUUUCCAUCUUCCUCUCGGAGAGGCAGCUCC